AGAUUGGGGGCGAGGAGGAAGGGUUGGAAAAGAGGAGGAAGAGCAAAAUCACCAUUUAAAAACACAUCUCGUCUUCAUUUAACCUGUCAUUUGCUCUAACUGAUUUGGAUAACGUAUAUUAAGAAAUCCAGCCAAAAUGAGCAUCUUUGGUGUGGCAGUUGUUAGCACUCUACUGUGCUCUGUUUGGUCAUCAACCAUUAAAGCAAAAGAUGAACACCGCACUGCUUUCUUUGGGGAGGAUAUUCAUAUUCCCGUGCCGGCUUUAGACACAACAGAGGUGAUGUUCAAGCCAAGGGUGGAGCCGAUGUCUGAGCGGGUUCUCCUGCGGAACAGGGACCAUCUGAAUCCAAGAGCCAAACUGAACACUCACAUCAGCCAGUUGAUUCUGGAGGAUGUGGGCGAGGAUGAUGAGGGCACAUAUGUGGUGAAGAACUCUUUGGCUCCAGCAGAUGUCAGACGGAUCAUUCUCAUUGUUAGAGACUGUGCACUAGAGACAGUGGUGAAAUAUGGAGACACAUAUCACAUCCCGAUUGACCCUUUGAUUGGUCCAUACACCCUUGAGUUCAGGUAUGGAGGUCAAACUAAUGUUAACCAGACCACAGAUGCACCACCUGUGCUGCUUUUCAACCGGACCGCUUUCCCUAUGGAAGCGUAUGAGAACCGUCUCACGGUCAACGAGAAAAGGGUAAACCUCCAUUUGGUCACAGGAGCAGACGAGGGCAGCUACACCAUCGUGGAUAGUGAUGGAAAAGUCAAAAUGAGGACCUGUCUCAAUGUGAAAGAUCACCAGAUCUUUGAGCACUUGAGUUAUGGAGGAACCCUGAAGGUCAAGCUCCAUGUGGAUCACACCAAAGUUAAAAUGGUCUACAUUCCCGACACUGACCACAAGGAGCGACUCAUCCUGGACCAGGGAGAGCUAGUGCUGCCUCUGGAUCCUGCCUUGGAAGGUCGAGUGUCUGUUGAAGGAUCUUUGUUCUUCCUGAAGAAAGUCAAAGUCAGUGACAUGGGCGUCUUUAGAGUCAUGGACUUUUCAGGCUUCCGGAUAGCUGACGUCUACCUUCAUGUUGAGCCCUAUAAGUUGCCACAGUUCUAUGUAGCAAUCAUCUCCCUGCUGUCUCUGCUUGCGUUCCUGCUGUUGGUGUGUCUAUUGUCCUGUCUGAUUAGGGUUCACCGUCGGGCAGAGAGAGAACGUAAGAUCACCUUAAUCGCUCAGCAGGCUGGCAAGGGCGAUGGAGAUGCUUUCAGACAGGUGGUUACUGAUGCUUAUACUAGAUUCGCAGAGGACUCCACCAUGCAGUCCACAUGGGAGAACAACACUGAGAGCACAGAAGUUGAGAUCAAAGGACUUGAGGUAUCAAAACCAGGUCAGUAUCAGGCUUUCCCUUCAGACAAAAACGUCUUGAGAUGAAUGACUCGGGUGUGGAAUUCAAUACAUCCACGCUCCCUCUGGACAGUGAUACAGAUGUACCAGACAAUUUCACCUCUCACAAGCUCAUUCUUGAGUCUGACACUCUCGCCGGUGUCCCCCCAGCCAUUUCCGAAGGUGACCACAGUGCCACUCGCACCCCUGAUUCUGUCCUGAGUGCUAGCCCGGUGGUCCAUCCCGAAUCUGGGGCUCAAACAGAUGGUAAUUUGAUUGAAGCCACCACACCUGAAGGAAUGGCCAAAGCGAAUGAACUAGAAGCAAAGACGAGCAAAGAUGCCUCGCCACUUUCUGAGAAAGUCACCACAUUGGAUCCAGUCACUGGAACCACAACCUGAGGACUGUAAGGAAAUACAUCAGUAUACUUAGUCUCACUAACCGACUUAUCAGUCUCAACCAUUACACCAAUGUGAACACUUUACAUCUGUAACUUCUCACCACUUGACAUGGCAAUUAAUCUCGCUUGGACUCAUCUGAUCUACAACGAAUGCUUGUCGAACAAGCAAAACAACUUAAUCCUAGAAGACAACCCAAGAGUUGACAACGCACUCAAACUAAAUUAAUUAAAUUAACUUUGGGGAAAAAAAGAAAAGAAAAAAAAAAACUAUGAUUAAAUGGACCCACACAAUGCAUGCCUUUUGAAUUACUGAAGAUUUCUUGACUAUCUAGCAGCCAAAUGCCAGAUUAGAGUGAUCAUGUAGUGCAUGUGAAGAAGAAAAAUAAACUCACAACACAUUUCAAGACAAAUAUAUAGAUGGUAGAUUUUUAACUACUGAACCAUGCUGCUGGAACUGAGGCAUUUAUGAAAGUGUUAAACUGCCUGAAACUCCACGGAAGCUUCAAGCAAUAUCUGAAGAAAAUGGGUGUCUACUCUCAUAUUUUUCAAAGAGUUAAUCUACCAAAUGCCAAUGAGAUAUUUUGAGAGUUUCUUCAUUUGGUCGACCACUUCAACUAGACCUGGUGGGAACUCUUUGUUUGAGACCUUUUAAAGUCAAAACCAACUUUGAAGUGCAUUAAUAAUUUUUGUUUAUGGUAAAAUAAACAUCCCGAUGAAUGAGGAUCACGUUGGUGACAGGUAUCUGAUAUGGUAGCUUAACUUUGUUAAUAGGAUCAGCUGUGGUCGAGAGUUUUGGCUCUGGUCCAGAGAAACUGCUGACAGAACCGCUUGUCUCAGCAGUUUCAGGUGCUGACUCCACUGGGGUGUCUCCAAAACUUUGGUUUUCCUUUUAUCCCUUUUCUUUUUUCCUCCUUUAUGAUCCUUUAUUCUGUCUAAUUGGAUGUGUUUGAAAGGAUGAAAGUACUUUGAUAGUUGAAAGUUCUUGAAGGAACCUCUGAUUAUUCUUAUGUCAAUGUCUCUAUGACAAUGACAAUAAUUGUUGGUGCUAAGUUUUUUGGAGCUUUUUAGAUUUGCAGAGAAAAUGCAGAUUCUGGAUUGCAAAUUGUGUAGUGAUUGCUUGCUCAAUGAGCAUCUCGUUCUUUAAAUCUCUUAAUACCAUUCGAGGUUUCAUGUUGACUGUGCAUUGCUGUCAGCUGAACUUGACAAGAGUCUGAAUCGAGAAGUGAACUGAAUACAGGAAUGAAUAUCCUAAUAAUCUAAUAGUUUUUCAAUAUUUAAGUCAAUACACUUAAAUCUGCAUAAAAUACAUUAUUAUUGUCAUAUGUGACAACAUUCCUUACAAAAAGCAUCUUGGAAUUAUUGCGAUGUAAACAUGGACAGUUUAAACAGUAAAAUGCAUCAAUUUUUCCUACCAUUUGAAGCCUUCCUUUCCUUUAAAAUACUUCAGAAUGUAUUAUAAAUCAUCAAUAUCUAGAUGCACAAUCUCUAACUCUUUUUUUCUUCAAACCAUUUUCUCAUAGCACUCAAUUCUAAGGUAUUAAUUUGACUCCUAAUGUUGUACAUAUUUGUUAACGUCUUGAUUUUUGGUAAAUGUGUGAAAUCUUGCAUGCCAAGAUACUUUUAAUGCUGAUAAAUGACAAGAAAUACAAUGCAAUAUUACAAUGAGUUGUAGCUUGCAUCAUGAGAUGUGGCACGGCCUGUUGGUAAAAUUGCUACCUCAUGUUUUGAUGUCUGAAGAUUGUAGAGAGGGAAAAUGUCUGAUGGUUGACCGAUAUUAGAGUUUGCUGAUAAGGAUAACAGAUUAAUUGGCCGAUAGUGUUUAAAAUCAUUAUACUGAAUGUGUUUAAAAAUAUAUAUAUUUUGGAAUGCCCAAUUCCCACUACUUACUAGAUCCUUGUGGUGGCGGGUUACUCAACUCAAUCCAGGUGGCAGAGAACAAGUCUCAGUUGCCUCCACUUCUGAUACAGUCAAUCCGCACAUCUUAUCACGUGGCUCACUGUGCAUGACACCGCGGAGACUCACAGCAUGUGGAGACUCAUGCUACUCUCCGCGAUCCACGCACAACUUACCACACGCCCCAUUGAGAGAGAGAACCACUUAAUUGCGACCAUGAGAAGGUUACCCCAUGUGACCUCCCUAGUAACUGGGCCAAUUUGUUUGCUUAAGAAACCUGGCUUGAGUCACUCAACACACCCUGGAUUCAAACUCGUGACUCCAGUGGUGAUAGUCAGCAUCAAUACUCGCUGACUUACCCAGGCCCCGUUUAAACAUUUUAUUAAGAUAAAGAUAAGAUAUAGUUUAUUGUGCAACCAAAAUCGCAAUAAUAAAUAAAAAUGUUGGUGCGUGAUGCACUUUUAACUAUAAACAAUGUUGAAAUAACAGAUAUGCACUCUUACAAUCAUGCGCUACAUUAAAAACACUAAAGAGUAGACAUGUCAUAUACAAAAAUAUACAUUAAAGAAAGUAUAAAAAUAUUGAGGAAUAUUUUCACUUACAAUGAAUAUAGAUUCAGCAAAUCUCCACAAGUUGUCAUUGAUUGUUUUUAUUGCAGCUCCUGAGGCUACAGUCGUUGAAAUUCCCAACGCCACCUACGGCAAAAAACUAGACAAACUAUCUUCGAUCAUUUUUGCCAAUAACUGAUUGUUCCUAAAGCAACUAUCUGCGUAAUUAAUCGUGAAAACUAUUAAUCGGUCGACCUCUAAAAAAACAAACACAGGUUUUAAAAAAGCACAAUUAAUUCAAACACCUUGAAAUAUGCUUAUGAAAUUGCAGCUAAUGUAAAUAUAACGGUUUGCAAACAAUUAUGAAAUGAUGAGGAAUUAUUAGGAAUUGUAACUUUUUUGCUUUCCUUUGUAAUUUCAAUUAGAACACAGGUGGUUUGAUUGUAUUUUUAAACUACAUCAUAAAUUCAGUUGAUUUAUGUAAAUAUAAAAGAAUAUGCUUUUAAUAUUUUAUUGAUACUAAUUAGAUCUACUUAAUGAUCAAGCCCAACAUUUUUAGACUAUCAAUCAUUACUUUAAAGUACUUUUAAUCAUUACUUUUUCCUCUGCUUCAAUUCAGAUUUACAUUUGUUUUCUAGGCUAUCAAACUGACUGAAAGUGCAGUUAUUGGGCCUUAAUGCAAUAUUAGUGUGAAGACACUGUACACACACACACACACACAUGCACGCACACACACAUACGUGUACAGGGUUGAUGCAAUAGUAUGAAGAAACAUACACACAAACACGCUUCUGUAUAUACAUAAAUUGCAUGCAAAUUGUCAAUACACUUUCUAGCCAAUAAUUGCAGGAUUCUCAUGCCUUUUAUAUAACACACACCUCUUAAAAAAUGAAUAGCAAAAAAGUCAAAAUGAGCCAUUAUCUUAAUUCAGCUCUUUUCCUCCCUUCAACGGAACAAUCUGUCAUGCUUUACUGAAUGAGAAACAAAUGCUUUGAUCUUUUGACUCCUUUUUAUCAACGCACUUAAUAAUGAUUUUGAUAAUGCAAGACACAAGAAAAGAAAUAUUUGAUCAAGACAGUAUUGUUCUUAGUAUUUAUUAAAUUAUACUCUCUCUUGUAUGCACUGAUUUUAUAGAUUUAUUAUAUACGCAAUUUAGAGAAUUACAUUUGCAUGCUGCACUAGAGAUUGCCUGUUAGAAAUGAGAGCUCAUAUCGCAAUACUUUGUCUCUGAUGAGAAGUAUUCUUAAUGUAAUUUUGGAAUUAGGAAAUGUAAAUAUUUGGUUUAUGGAAUUUAUGUUUUGGUACAAAUUAUGUCAUCUAAUUUACAAUUUUGCAACAGUAUUAUACACAUAUUUAUCCAGCUCGCCCUCAAUACAUGUACCAAUCAUAUAUUUGAUCACUUACGAUUAUAUAAGACAUUUGUUUAAGUGUUGAUUAUGCUUUAAACAAAAUCUUUCACACCUCAAAGUUCAGAUUUACAAAGAUCAUUAGCUGGUUUACAUUUUUUAAAUAUGCAUUUAUGUCUGUUUAUGUAAACUUGAUCCUGAGGUCAUGCUAGAUCAAUCAUUGCACGCUGAAAGACUCAGUGAAAUGUAAAAGCCUUGUCAUUCAGCAGUGGUAUAGAAACAAUAGCAAUAAAUGGCCAUCCUGAAAGCUACUCAGGUUUGACAAGUGAUUUACACAGAUGCUGGUAAUGCAUUAUUUAUUCAACUCAGGAGCAUUGUUUUUACAUUGAGUUAAGCUGAUUUAAUUGUUUAAACUGAUAAUCUGUGUACUGGCAAGAGUUCUCAGGAGAUGGACUUAUUAAAGUUCGUCCUUCUCAUACUGUACCUCUUUGAGAAGCUAUAAUUGUAAACAUGCUUAUCAUUAUAUCAGUUUUUCUUCCUUAAAAUGACCAUUGAAAACCUAAUUAACAGACUGCAUCCUGAGAUUGGAGUUAAACAGACCAUAUAUAAGAUAAAUGGCAUACUUUGCCAUAGCCCAAUACAAUGGACAUUAAUAAUACUUCACGGCCUUGUACAAAAUAUGGUGGCGAGGAUCUUGUUUUUGGCUACUUAAUUUAGUGUUACAUGUGGCUCCAUAUAUUGUUUGAACUUUUUUUCUCUUUUGAAUGAAUAAAAUAAAAUAACGUUGACUUUAAAAAUCUCAUUGUUUGUUUUCUCGUUAUGUAUUUUUCAGUGACACAUUAUUGGAAUUUCAUGAACUCUGUUAACUAUGUAAAUAUUUGACAACAGAAAUUCGGUUACAUUUACAGAUUAAAAAAGGAAGCUUUGGUUACCAUAAAUUCACCGUAAAAAAUACAGUGACCAUAUUUUAUGCAUUACUGGAUGUCAUGCCUGUAUAUUUUGUUAACAACUGUACUGUAUAUCAUUAACAGAUCAAAUGUUAAUGUACCAACCUUCUGGAACUACAAUAA